GCUUCAUCUGUUCAGCGUUGUCUUUAUGUCUGAGUAGAGUUCAGUGCCUCCAGCAUGAUGCAGGACGGGUUUAUUUUUCUGGUGAUUAUUUGGAUCUCAUCCCCUUUUGCCUCAGGAAACACCAUAAAUUUUCAAUUCUCGCUGGGAUGUCAAGCUGUGAUACCUUGUGAAAAUUACAGGAGGGAUUCAAACUCUUUAAAAUGGAUUUAUAAGAAAGAUGAAGAUCGCAAAGAAAUCCAGUUAUAUCUUCUGGACAGAAACGGAAUAGAACGCCAUCAGCCGCUCUUUCGCCCCAGAGGGAAGGUUCUGCCCGAUGGUUCCUUGGUUAUUGAUCCUUUCACGGAGGAUGAUCAAGGCCUUUACUGGUGUGAACAUUGUUUUCAAGAUAGUUGUUGGAAAAAACAGCCCUCAUCAUUCAUCAGCGUGAAGAAAGAUAUUCUCAAAGAAUCUCUUAAGACAGUCUACAAUAUUGCAGGCAGCACUUUCACUUAUUCAUGUCCGAGUAAACUGACUAACUUAAAAUGGACAUUUGAAGCAAGUAGCAUGACUGCGCUCAGGAAGUCGCUACGAAAACCAGAAUCAAACUUUGUGACUUCCGACAAGUUUCUACGCAUUGUAAAUGUCACAAGAGCAGAUGCUGGGAAAUAUUCCUGCUGGAAAAGUGGAUGUGAUGGUCACAGUCAGAAGCUACUCACCAUCAACUUGUGUGUAAUUACAGUAGACGACCGUGAGGAUUCAUCUGUUUCUUGUGCUGUUAUGUGUGACACGGAAUUCAGUAACAUCACACGUAACAGCACAUUAAAUGCGGAAAUAGGCACAAGGACAAUAUCAGUUUUUGUAGAUCCACAUGGGUCUUUAAAUUGCACUGCAAAGCAGAUGUUUAAAGGACACAGUGCAGUCAACAGCACUCAUGGACCGUCAGAUACAUUACACAGCACAACAGGUGUACUUACAGAGCCUGAAUAUCAGUUUCCAGUUAUUUAUGGGACAUCAGUAGCCCUUGCGUGUCUUAUUUUAAUAGCACUUUUGGUAAUUUGGUACUUACGGCCAAGACUGCAGGCAGCAUUUCCUGUUCAUGUUUGUUGCUGUGGCUUGAAUGGCAGGGUCGAAGAGACACCAGUGGUUUACUCAUCCAUUGUCAUCAGGAGACCUGCUAAGACAACAAACAUUGAUAUGACUUACUUUAACAGUAGUUGUGUGUAUAGUGAAAUAAAAAUAUAGAGAAAAGUUACCAAAGGAAGUGAGGGGAAAUUCUGAAGCAUAAUGUUAGCCUUUUUUUUAAAUUAUAAAGUUUCCUAACUGGGUGAAAUGAUCUAAGCGGCAAGUGUGAUAAAAGCUGAUUGAGCUCCCUUCACAAUAAAAAGUAAUUUAUUAAACACAUGAUAAUUCUUUCCACAAUUUCCUGUUUCGAGACAAAAUAUUUAUAGGCUUUUGUUCCGAAGAAUUUUAAUGAGAAACUUAAGUUUGCUACAAAUAAUGCUUUAUGGAAUUUUUUUUUACUUGCGUCUUUAGACACUAUAAUCACAGACUGUAUAUACAAGAUACAAAGAGUGGGUUACUUUUUCUUUUGAUAUUGUAAGCACAUUUCGACAAUAGCUACUUCUGCACUUUUAGGACAAAUUGUGUAUGCAUCACUGUUGGAAUGUUAAUAAAGAACUUUUAAGGUAUUGAUACUUUUCCUUAAGUCAAUAAUCUGAGUAGUUGUUCCACCUUUGCUUACAUGUUAAUUCAAUGUUCCAAUGAUAUGACUGUACACUGAAAGUGGGCCAUAAACACAAUCGAACAAUAAGGACUUUUAUUUUUAAUUCUGGAGGAAAUUUUACUGAUUGUACUUUUAGCUUACUACCUGAGGUGAAAUCUAUAUGCAGGGGUUUUAUUUAAGUAUUUUAAAGCAGCAGUAAUUCACCUUUUCCAUCACUUUUGCCUGGUUGCAGACCUUUGAACUAUAAAAGACUAUAAAGAACUAUAAAGAAUGGAACAGAAUAUAAAGCCUUUACUGUCACUGUACAAUGACAUUAAGGAGUUCUAGUCGGUGCAAUCUGUGCAAGUAAUAGGACAAAUUAAGACAGACAAGCACUCAUAAAUAUGAAACUAAAAAAAUACUAUAAAAGGACAGAUAUGUGAACUGAAUCUUUCUGAAUCUUUCUUCUUUAUUUUAUUUUUUUCUGUUUAACUUUCAUAUAAACAUAAGCUUUGUAUUUUAUAAUGUAAAUUGAUGAAAUUGUAUGUUUUAUAUGUAAUGUAGUGUAAUAUAUUGUAUGUAAGGUGUGGACCCCAGAAAGACUAGCUGAUUGCCAAGGCAUUCAGCUAAUGGGGAUCCUUAAAAUAAACAAACAAAUAUGCAUAAAAGGAUGGAUUUUUCUCUUAAAAAUGUGUGUAUUGCAUUGCAUUUAAAUGUUGAGGGUUGAAGGGUAGAGUGCUCAGCAGAUGAUGGUAAUUCUCUGUGGGGUGUGUGUGUGUGUGGUGUUGGAGUUAAGUGUUCUGAUGACCCAAGGAAAGAAACUGUUCUUUGAGCCUCUUUG